AUGAGCGGAGCGUGGACCUAUGGGAAUUUCCCAGAAGGCAGUCGUGCCCAUGUGGUGCAGGUGGGACUUGGAGACAACCGAACCUUUCUGCACGACUGGGGAGACUCAAAUCCCAAUCUCGGGUGGCUGCUUUCAGCCGUCUCCCGGGAUCGCGACUUCUGUGGUGUGGCCGUGGAACCGGUGUGGAAGCAUUUGGAAGCCGCAUACCACCUGGCCAAAGACACCGGGUACGACUACAACGUGGCUUUAGUCCAGGCGGCCCUGGGGGAGUACACCGGACGCACGCUGAUGUACCGUGUGGAAGAGCUGAGCCAGAAGGAACUGCAGUGCUUGGACCCCGCGGCCCGGGAGGAGUUGUCCGAUUGGCUUCGAGAUCGACACCAUAUCUUGGAGGAACAGCUCGGCCCGCUGGGCGUGCACGUGCCCAUCACAGAGGAUGUGGUGCCUCUAUGGACUUGGGAACGUCUGGUGGAGGAGCUGGGUUUCAAGGGCUGCGAGGUCCUGAUCAUUGACACUGAAGGCUUUGAUGUGGAGAUCCUGAGAUCUUUGGCGGCGUACUGUGCCGAUCGCCCGGAGGAACUGCCUUGGGUCAUCCAAUUUGAAAGCAAUGGAUUGUGCAACGCUCGUGCCGGCUACAAUUGUGAAUGGUAUAUCAUUCCGGAAUUUGAGAAGCUCGGGUACACGCUUCUGGCUCGGGGCCGCGACACCUACCUGGUCCUCAAAACCGCCGAGAGCGCCUCAUUGAACGCCUGGCUGGAUGAAUGGGCCUGUGUCGGCUGUGGUUGCAGGGAGUCUCCCUACACGUUGACGCCAGAUCCUCUCUGCGAAUCCUGUGCCAAGAGCCUCAUGUCAAAGACGUGGUCCGACAGCCAGGGCAGUUGCAGCGGCAGUUGCAGCGGCAGUUGCGGCAGUUGCGACACGCUGGAGGGAGACCCUCAAGGGGCGUCCUGAGUUCGGAUCGACCCGUAAGAAUUCGCAUCGUUUCGGGUGAUCUUCACUGACCUUGUUUAUUUGGUUUCAUGAAAUUUUAGCAAAAUGGCAACUGGGAGCUUCUCAGACGAGAGAGUGCUCGGAAUUCAUUUGCAGCUUUUCCGGCCACACUAUCAACGUGGAUUUGCUCGAUAGUGAC